AUGGUAUCACAAACACUAACAACCAAACAGAUAUUAUCAUUAUUAGAAGGAAAUCGAAAUCUAUGUGAAAUAUCAUCAGAAUAUCCUUCAUUAAAACAACCGUUACCUCCACGUCAUCUAUGUACGUGUACAAAAUCAUCCAUAGUACCUCAAAAAACUAUUAUUCAAAAAUUAUCCGAUCAAACAACAACUGAACAUCAUGGAAGAAAUUCAAAUUCAUCUUCAAGAGUAUCUCAUGAACAAAUUGAAAGCAUUGAAUCAUUUCAAGAUGAUGAAAUAAAUAAAUUAUAUAAAAAAUCUCGGUAUCAAUUAACAAAAAGAAAUGAUGAAAGUAUUAUAGACAAUACAAAUUAA